AUGCAGCCGAAUGCAAAGCGAGAAAAGUCGGAUCGUUAUUGUCGAUUCCAUAAGGACAAAGGGCAUACUACAGAGGAAUGUGCACAACUCAAAGCGGCAAUUGAGAGGCUGAUCAAACAGGGCCAUUUAGGCGAGUACAUCGAUAAGCCGCGAAAUAAACGCCGUCCAGAUGAAGACCAUGUCGAUGCAUUGGUAGUAACAACAACGGUGGCCAACUUCUUGGUCAAGAAGAUAUUAGUGGACGGUGGAAGCUCAGCUGACAUCAUGUACCUCCACGCUUUUAAGCAGCUGGGCAUAGAUAAUGCCCGGUUUAAUCCCAUCUCCACACCCCUGAAAGGAUUCACAGGAGAAGGCAUUUUAUCCAUGGGAGAGGUAGAGCUGCCCGUCUCUUUAGGGGAAGACCCUUGUCAAAUCACCAAGCUAAUCAAAUUCCUCAUCGUCGACAAGCCAUCUCCCUACAACGUCAUCUUAUGGAGGCCAGCCAUCCAUACAUUCAAGUCCGUACCUUCCUCCUACCAUCAGAAGUGGAAAUUCCCUACUCCCUAUGGAAUGGGGGAAAUACUUGGAGACAGACGUCUCGCCCGAGAGUGCUAUGCAAGGGCCCUACGAGAACCCUCCAAGAAGCCUAAACCACCUGGAAGGGGAGACGACACCCAAAAAUCCGACAAACGGAAGUGGGUCAAUGCGAUCAUUGAGGACAAUAAAGAAAUCCUCAUAAGUGUACCAGACGAUAGCAUCAAGCUAGCAGCUGUCGAAGAGCUUAAGCUCAUAGAGCUCACCCCUGGAGAUGGCUCCAAACUCCUACGCGUCGGAUCCGAUUUAGAUCCUGAGAUGGAGAAGCAAUUAGUCAAAUUCUUGCGGCACAAUGGAGAUGUGUUCGCUUGGAAAGCUCAAGAUUUGUCGGGCAUCCCCCCUCAUCACAUCAAGGCAGAAGUGGCGAAACUUCUAGAGGCGGGUCAUAUACGACCAGUUCAGUAUCCUGAAUGGUUGUCGAAGGUAGUACUCGUUCCAAAACCCGGGGGAAAGUGGAGGUUAUGCGUGGAUUUCACAGACAUCAACAAAGCUUGUCCUAAGGACCCAUUUCCCUUACCUAGAAUCGACCAACUCAUCGAUUCAACUUCGGGAUGUGAGGUCCUCAGCUGCCUCGACGCUUAUCAAGGGUAUAACCAAAUCUUGCUCGCACCAGAAGAUCAAGAGAGGGCCAACUUCGUUACUGACCAAGGCAUCUACUGCUAUCGAGUCAUGCCUUUGGAAUUAAAAAAUGCGGGAGCCACUUACCAACGUCUUGUGAACGCCAUGUUCGCAGAUCAGAUCGGUAAGAAUAUGGAGGUGUAUAUCGACGACAUGCUCGUCAAAAGUGUCAAGGUCUCGGACCACCUAACUGAUCUGGAUCAAUGCUUCGCUACCCUGCGAAAAUACAAAAUGAAACUCAACCCCCUCAAAUGCUCGUUCGGAGUUCGAGCGGACAAGGCCCUCCCCUUCUUCAAAAUUUUAAGGGGAGGAAAGAAAUUUGAAUGGGAUGAAGCAUGUCAAAAAGCAUUCGUUGAGCUGAAGUCGUACCUAGCAUCCCCACCCCUGCUCACGAAACCUCAGCCCGAAGACACCCUCCUACUGUACUUAGCUAUCUCAGCUAAUGCCGUCAGCACAGUCCUCAUCCGAGAUGGAGGAAAAGGCCACCAACCCAUAUACUACAUAAGUCGCGCCCUCCAAGGAGCCGAGCAACGCUACACCAACAUGGAGAAACUCGCUCUCGCCCUCAUCAACGCAGCUCGGAAGCUUCGACCUUACUUCCAGUCACAUCAAGUGGUGGUUCUCACCAAUUAUCCUCUGAAGCAAAUACUAAGGAGUCCUCAGACAUCCGGGCGAUUAGCAAAAUGGGCGAUAGAGCUAAGAGAAUAUGGGGUCGAAUUCAAACCCCGCCCGGCCAUCAAAGCGCAAGUAUUGGCGGAUUUUCUAGUCGAAAUGACUUCUGUAGAAGAAAGCACUUCUCUACCUACUUGGUCUGUCAACGUGGAUGGAUCUUCCACUACCACAGGAGGGGGAGCGGGUAUCGUACUAACGAACCCUGAUGGAGAUGAGUUCGAAUACGCUCAACGAUUUGAAUUCACAGCCUCAAACAACGUCGCUGAAUACGAAGCACUGAUAGCGGGAAUCCGCCUCGCCCUAGCAGCCGGAGCGCGCAAGCUCCUAAUCCAAAGCGACCCUCAGCUCAUCGUUAACCAAGUACUCGGAGUGUACGAGGCCAAAGAAGACGCCAUGGCCAAAUACUUAGCUCUCGCACACACUCUCUUAUCUAAGUUCGAGAGCUACGAGAUAAGACAAGUACCUCGAUCAAAUAACAUCCAUGCUGACAAAUUAGCCAGGCUAGGGAGCUCCAUGGCCAGCAUCGGAAGUCGGAAAGUGACUCUCCUCACCUCACCUCAGCCGGAGAUAAAUUCGCCAACUGAAGUACACUACACCGAGGAGGAUGAACCAUGCUGGUUCACUCCAAUUCUAAAGUAUCUCAAGAAGGGGGAACUUCCAACGGAUCCCACUGAAGCACGGAAGUUAAAAACAAGAGCCGCCUGCUUCACUAUAGUGGGCGAAGAACUGUACAAAUGA